ACGAUCGCGUAGUAAAAGGAUCUCAAGAUCUUUCGUCGUACGUUCUGCAUCUCUCAAGUGGCGUGCAGCUGGGAAAAACUGUACCAGAUUAAGGCUUCAAUCACCGGGUUCGCCGACACAAGAACUCAUCGUCUUCAGAAUGCGGAAGAAAUUUGUCCAAACGUUGGCCGCCCGGCAGCGGGAACAAAGUGCAGGGGAUCACCACCUCCAUCACCAUCAUCCCGCUACCCGGAUAGCUGAUCCGCACAUUAUCCGGCGCCAUGAAAUGAUGGACCUGGAGAAGCAACAACAGUCGUCGUCGUCGUCGCCGCCACUGCACGAUAUUCUGCACCUUCAGCAGCAACAGCAGCAGCACGAGCAACAGCAACAGCAACAGCAACAUCUUCACCUGCAAGUCCAACUUCAGCUGCAGCUGCAGCAGCAAAAGAAGCAACAAAAGGAACAUCAUCAACGGUUGCACCCGGAGGAGGAGGAUGAUGAAAUCAUCGAAAUACUGGACGACGAUCAGGAGGUCGAGCUGAUGAUGGAGCGACACCGGAAGUACCAUCCGCGGAAGUAUGUGAACCUGCAGCAACCACCGUCCAAGAUCUACUACGACAAGCUGGACGAUGGGCUGGGACCGAUCGGUGGCGACAAGGAUGAUCUGCAGGAGGAAGAAGAGGAGGAUGACGAGCGGAACCAGCUGGUGAUCGAUUGUCCUUCGCGCGGUCUCACCAAUGAUCGGUCGAUGGACGAGGGUGGUAGUAGCAAGAAGGACGACGAAAGAAGUACGACGGCUACGUCGGAGCGGUUUAACCGGUCGGAUCUUUCGUCCUCGGAUCGAUCGGAUCCGAACAUUAGUAUCUCCUCUCGACGAUCGACACCACCACCAGCUCCGGAACCGGCACCGCCACCGCCACCGGCACCUGCACCUGCACCAGCACAAUCCAGUGAUGUACGUGCCAGUUUGUUGCGUCAUCUACACCAGCAACAGACUCCUCCUCAGGACCGGAGGCCGCUCCAGGAUUCAUACUCAUAUUCGGGAAGCAUUCUAUCAGACCUCCGCAAGCCUACUCCCAGGAGGGACGAUUUUCCGAAGCGACGGAUGUCCGUGAUGGUACCAUACUCGGAGCGGGUGACACGUGAGCGGCACCAGAACAACCGAAUGCAUCAUUAUCCUUCCUACGACCGGUACGUACCGUCGGAGUACGAUCUAGCGGUACCGCUGUCAUCGAGGGUUGUACAGGUGCGGCGCAAGGAGCAAGACCGGUAUUAUCGCAUCAUUGAACCACCGGAACCGUCCCCGGAAACAUUUUACUCGAUGCCGGGACCACUCAGGUGUGGUGGUGACUACGGAGAACCACCAGCUAAAAGAAAAUCCGCCUUUUCACCACCACGUGACUACGAUCGAAGGCAACGGUUGAGCGAUGGAGGUACGAAGAUACGUACUGCCGCUACUAGUGCUGGUGGUGGUGGUGGUGGUGGGAGUUCCUUGGCCACCAUCUCCCCCGAGAUCGUGGCGACACCGCGUAGUUCACUAUACUACCCGCACCAUCCGGCCCAGCUGCCGCUAUAUCAGUAUCCGUUUGCGCAAAUCGAAGACUGGUAUCGUAGCGGUAUUCCUCCGCCACCGCCAGGGGUUCAUCUGCUGUCACCGGUGGAACAGCAGGCAUACCUGGCGUACUAUCACAGUCACCUCAAUAAACUAGCCUACCUCCAGCAACAGCAACAACAGCAACAGCAGCAACAGCAAUACCAACAGCAUCAACAGCAUCAACAGCAGUAUCAGCAUCAUCAGCAUAAUCCGUAUCAUCAUAGCAGUGAUUCGUCGUUGCUGAGUACGGCACUGACGUCAGUGUCACCGGGAGGUGGAAACCAUCAUCCGCAUCAACAGCACAACAUCCUGCACCAGCAGCAUCCUAUCUCUGCGACUAGCUACCCGCCACCUCAGUAUGGUUUCGCCAAGACUGAUCCGACGCACUAUAAUAGUGCCCCGCUCGAUUACUCGAUGUAUCCGGGCAUCGUUCUACCGCCCGGAACUACCCUAACCGUGAACCCGAGGAAUCGUUCACCAGUGGAGAGAAAUAAUGGCAAUCCCAAGAUCAUCUCCCCGUCCAAACUGUCGGUAGCAGUAUCCCCCACGUCCACAACGUCGCCCUCGACGAACAAGGAACCACCUUCUUCCCGCAUGCUGUCCGAGAUCGUGCGGCCAACGGUAAUUAACCAACCGUCGACGAGACCACCGGCACCACUGGACCUUGAGGCUUACCCUCUAAUGAGCGGAAUCGUAACAACCGUCAGUAGCACCACCAAUACCACCCCCCACGCCGUUCCACAACAUCCUCCACCACCGUCGAGUGCCACGAGACCGAUAGCAAUCCGACCGGGUGCCAUACCAACGACCUUACCGGCGCCAUCCCUCCCAGUGUUACUUACACAGCUGCAACGACCAACGAUCAUACAAUCGUCGAAAAAGAUGCAAAGCGGCGGCGGCGGCAUCAGCCGUGAAGGAAGAUCACCACAAAAGCGGUCCUUGUCACCCGAAAUACCGAUACCAGUAGCAGCGGUACCGACCACCAACACCACAACCACCACUACCGUUCUUAUUCCUACUCCAACUAGCAAAAUGAAGAAAUUGAACGAACCGUACCGACGGUCAGCGACGAACGCCACCACCACUACCACCACCACUACCACCACCACCACCACGACCUCACCAAAGAUUCCAGGCACACGACCACGUGGUCGUCCACCGGGAAAGCAAAACAGCAACGCUUCAUCCAACAAUCGAGCAACGGGCAAAUCCUCCGCUGCUGUAACAUCAUCCAAGCAACCAGCCGGCGAAACCACCACCGCCGCUGCAAUGGCAACGUCAGACAGAUCAUCCAGGCACAACCCAGUUUCCUCAAGAAUUAAUCCUCCAGCCGCCAACUCCGGCUCGAUGCUCAGCAAUAGUGCGGUGAACACCAGGAGCAGCAGCCAUGCUCGUAGCAUGGCCACAAACUCCCACAUACCGAUCGGUUUGCCUAGUACGGAAGCACGGUUACAUCGAAUGCGACACGAGAUCCAGUGCUUCCUGCAACAGCGCCGCCAGGACAUCAUCAAGACGAUGCGGUUAUAUUCGCUCGGGCACAUCGAGCACGAUGUGCUGCUGCACAAGAUGCGCAGCCACAGCAUCAACUAUCGGGACUUUGUGCACGUAGCGUUCGCGCUGAUGAGCAAGUGUGGCCAGAAAGUGUUUGCCCAGCAGCCACCGUCCGAGCAUGAGUACCGGUGGCCUACCGGGCCACCGCAAAACAUUGCCGAUUAUUUCGCGAAGAACGAACAGUGCGGGAGCGCCGACUACGUACGCGAGUACUUCGAUCUGCUCGUGCUGAUCGUGGACAAUCUGUUGCACCAGUUCGCCGAGCCGCUCGAAAGCUUUCUGCUCACCCAUGUGCUCGGUUUGCGGGUCAAACACCGAGUCUAGGGGGACGGACGGGGGCCUGCCAAGCAAGAAUGUCUUUUACCUGAUUAAGUGAUAGGUAGUAAGCGGAAUACUCGUCUUUUCCGCGAGUGCGUUACAGUGUGUUCGAUGACACAAUGUAUACUAGGAUGACUUAGUAUGUUCUUUUACGCAUAAGCACAAGGAACCAUGAAUUAAGAAUUCUGAUUAGUUAGCGAUGCUUUAGGAUAUGUAAUACAUCUCGAUUGAACUUCUUCUAUCGCGCUUCAUUUCUGCUUCUACUGAGCGCGCUUCGAAUGCCUUUCUCGAUUUCUCAUUUCGAAUACCCUCUUCGAUGGGCCAAUGAAUUAAGAAUAGCGCACACGCACUAAGCUUACUCCUAAGCAGCUGAUCAGCUGUGUAGAGAAGACUACGUAGAUAUGGUUGGGCUGCGAGGUGUACGUGGCCAUGAUUAAGUGAUAUUUCGAACCCGAAUUCAGCGCCAAUGUGAAAAAGUCUGUCUCUAGAUUGUAGGCUAGAUCGAUUAAGCUUUUUAUAGGAUAAUGUGUGCGUGUGUGUUGCAUGUGGGUGUUUUAACCACCGUGGGUGUCUAAAUCGAAAAGAAAUAUGAACAUCCGUUAUCCGGAAUGCUGAACGCAAAACUUUGUGUUGUACAUGAAUUUGUUUCAUUUGCGGGAGGAAGGGAAAGGGGGCGUGUUUGCAUUCACUCUCAGUACGUUACAUAAAGAA